AUGAGACCUCCAGUGCCAGAUGUUGCGCUGCCUCGAUCUCGCAAGGCCUCCAUCGAGCAGCAGUGGAUCGACCCCCGCAGUGCCGCCCCCGCGACCUUCUUUCUGUCCCGCAAUCACGGUCUCGACCACGAUGAUGACCUCUCCUCAGAUGAGCCCGAUGCCACCAGGACGAGCAUGUAUGGCGUACAGAGUCUUGAAGAAAGCAUCCUCCAGACUAGUCAACCUGCGUCCGUGUCCCAGUCAGACCAGAUUGUCGGUAGUAGUCUCGCCGGAGUGGAACCGAUUUCCACAACAUCUCAAUCUCCCAACCGCGACGAUAAGGAUGACGAUGACGACCAGGAUUCCGGCCUCAACCGCCGCAGAUCAACGCUCAAGCCCCUUGAUACUCUUCAUUCCAACAGACUUGACGCCUCUAUUACCUCCGACCUGAUCUCUCCCCGGCCCUUCACCCCCUUGAAUCUCAGCAACCCGGACGACCCUUCAUCUCUCCCUAGCAGUCCCAAAUCUACUUCGAACCAAUCUAUGCGCCACCUAGAUGAGAUCUCUAUCACAGACGACUUGAGUAGUCAGGCGGUUGCCUCCGGAGAUGAAGACAAUGAUUCUCGAUCUGUCCACAACCCAGACCACGAUAGCACAUCCCAAUUCAUCAUGCCAAGCAUCAAGAUGCCUAGUCGGAGACCGUUCACAUCUCGUGGGAAGUCACUUGGAAGGUUUAAAAUACUCGUUGCAGGCGAUUCUGGCUCUGGGAAAUCAUCGCUCAUUAGGUCGAUCGUUCAGGCUUGCGAAGACAUUGUACAUGUAGACGACUUUCCGCCUACCGAUGCCUUGACACCGUCACGGACUUCUCUUACGACGAUUCAACUUUCUCAAGCCCAUCGACUACCGUUGUCAGCUACAUCAGAAAUCUACGCCAGCACCAAGCCCUACCCAUCUUGGUGGUCAGAUUUGGAAGAUUCACGCGUGCUGCGCCGUAGGAGAAGUACAGGUGAUGUGGUCUUAGAGCGAAAUAUUUGCUUCGUUGAUACCCCUGCAACCUCGCUGAGUCGCAUCGGACAAGUGGAUGCUAUCAUACAAUAUAUACGUCAACAACUAUCCCGCGCAACAACAGCUAUUGAUUCCUGCGAUCACGACUUCCAAAAUUUGCUCGCAGGGCAGGGUGGCACCCAAGUUGAUGCUGUACUUUAUCUCGUUUCUGGUGAUACUUUUGCGGCAGACAUGGAAUGCAUCAACACGCUAUGCGAAUGGACCAAUGUCAUUCCUCUAAUAUCCAAGGCUGACUUGUUGGCUCCGGAGCAGAUCUCUGCAAUUAAGUCGGGGUUCCACAAGCAUACACAAGCCACUCCGGCCAAGCCCUUCCUUUUUGGAAACGCAGGUCUUGGAGCAGAUGAUCUUGACGGACAAUUGCCUUUUGCGGUAUCAUCGGCAAAAACCAGUGAUGACGAUGUUAUGGAUGCCAGUACUUUGAUGAGCCCUGACUAUGUCCAACCCCUGGUGCCCUCUGAAUUGACUUUGCUGGUCCAGAGGUUGUUCGACGCCGAGAAUAUGACUUGGAUGCGGCACUCAGCUGCAAAGAAACUAGCCCAGCAGCAACGAGCGCAUCUCUGGCAACGCCCGAAUCGCCCCCAACCUAGUACACAACCAUUUUACCCUGGCUCAAGCCGGGGCUCUCCCAGCUACACUAUGGCUCGGAUAGCAGAUCACACGCGCCAGGAGGAGAAAAUGGCCCGUUUGCAAUUGGCGAAGUGGGCAUCUGAGUUGCAGCAAAGCCUUAAAAACGAACGCGAGAGAUACGCUGCCAUGGCCAGGGGUGAGCGUGCCGUCUGGCUCACAGAACGGUUAGGCGAGUGCGUAGUCGACGGGUCUUUGGUCCCCAUUACACAAACGCCAGGCUUUUGCGGACUCCGUGCUCCUUUGGAGAAAGCAAGCGGGGGCAGUCUACUUGUUCGAGCACAAAGUGGGCAGAAUGUGGAAUAUCACCUUGCCCGAAUUCGCCCGCAAGACCCUCUGGGACUUGUUUGGUUGUCCGAGGACCUUAAGCGGCGGGGCUGGGCCAUUGUUCAGAUUGUGGGCUCCUUUGGAGUUGUCGGGGGGCUGGCUCUUUGGCUUGCCAAAGCAUGGGGUCUAUCCUCGCGCAGUCUGUCUGAAUGGCACUUUGACUGGUGCGGAUCGACUGAUUAA